AUGUCGAUUGCGUUUUUAGCCGAUAAAUCCCAAUCCAAAACCACAAAAACCGACCUCUACAACAUCGCUGCUAAAUUAAACAUCUCUAUCCAAGAUGGCCCCGAUGCUGAUGCCUACCUUCUCUUCCUGCAGUCCAUGGAGGCUAUCAUGCAGCGUAUAGAUGAUAGCCCAGACUACAUCCACCCUUCCCUCUUGCCGAUACCAACCACAGCGCCGCGAGAAUUCUCAUUGCCCAAACCCGGCGAGAAUCCUCUCAAUGCUUGGAGGCAUCGAUGUGAACUGGCUGCAUCCCAUCCGUCUAGUUCGCUGCUUGCUGGUAGGACGAUUGCGGUCAAAGAUAACAUUUCGAUCGGUGGUCUGCCCACGACAAUGGGCACCUUUACGGAGAUAUUGUGCAAAGAUGGGAACUUGCCUAUCUCUCCCAUCGAUUCUUCAGUGGUAUCGCGCAUCUUAGAUGCCGGGGGUAUAAUUAAGGGAUCGUCGACUUGCGAGAAUUACUGCGCAUCUCCGUUGUCCUACAGCGCAGCGACAGGCCCGGUUCAUUCCCCUUGGAGGUAUGGAUACACCACAGGCGGUAGCAGCAGUGGCUCUGCAGCUCUUGUGUCAGCGAAUGUAGUUCAGCGCAUGAAGAAAACUACUGAAGGAUUCGGUCCAACUGUCCACCUGGCCAUUGGCAGUGACCAAGCUGGCUCUAUCCGUGUUCCGGCAUCGUAUUGUGGUAUUUACGGAUUAAAGCCGACAUAUGGCCUCAUUCCAUACACAGGCGCGGCUGGUCUUGCACCUAUGAUAGAUUAUUUAGGACCCUUGGCUGAAAAAUUAGAGGAUAUCGCACUACUUUUGCAGGUUAUGGCUGGAUACGAUGGCAUCGAUCCGCGCAUGACACCUGAAUCGCCGCUCCGGAAUCAAGUUCCAAACUACGUGGACGAAUUAUCUCAAUUCCGUUCUCGGGCGAGCGCUACCGAUGGUGUAGGGCUGGGCUCAUCCUUCAAAGUCGGCCUUGUCAUGGAAUCCUUCGAUAUAUCUGGUCUCUCGGCUGAAGUCCGCGAUACAGUCAUAAAUUCGGCGAAGAGGUACUUUUCCAAAGCCGGUGCCACUGUUUCCGAAGUCUCUAUCCCGAUGCACCAUGAAGGCAUCAUAAUCUGGACGGCCGCUUCACGGCCAUCAUCAUCGGAAUGGGCUUGUCAGGGAAAGCAUGGCGGAUAUUUAUCCUUUUUACCACCACAUAUCCGACCCCAAUGGCCGCCGGAUCAGCGCAUGUAUGAAAUGCUGACGGCCACAAACCCGGCCUUGAUAAACCUGAUAUUCAGCAAUCCCUUCCUCAACGAGCGUUUUGGACCGGCUACAGAGGCAAAGGCACAUAGAAAAGCGUUUGAAUUGCGAGCUGCAUAUGAUCGCGCGUUGCAAGAUUAUGAUGUCCUGGUCACACCCUGUGCGCCUACGGUGGCGAUGCCGCACCCCAAAAUGACUGCUGAUAGUAACGGACCUGGGUCGUCGAUUAUGGACAAGGUAAAUGUCGCAGUAGGUGUGACUACCAAUACUGCGCCGUUUAAUAUCACGGGUCACCCGGCCAUGAAUGUACCAUGUGGAUAUUCUAGUGGUGCGACCACUGCUGGAUCCGAGGACGAUAUUUUGCCGAUUGGGAUGCAGGUCAUUGGAAAGAGAUGGGGGGAUAUCACCGUUCUUAAGGCAGCUGCCAUCUUUGAAGAGGGUCGUCGGUUGGCUGGGGCCUGA